AUAUGUGCUUGGUGAUAAUCUUCACAUUGGCUUGUCGAAUUCGAUGGGUAAUGUAUUCUCCUAUACCGAUUGUGGCUUAAUAGUGGAACCCUUCUGGAAACACUCCAUUUGUGUUUACGAGUUCAGCAACAAGAAUAAUUUUGAUACACAGUUAAAAGCUUUCCUCAGAUGCUCUCACCGGCGAUUUACCCCUCAGGCUUACAAUGAGAACAUUUGGAAUUGUUACAGUUUUGUUAUGGAUUUUCUUCAGUAUGCAGAUUUGUUGGAGCGAAAUAUUGGUGCCGCGGAUGAGCUAAUUUCGAGUCAUGUUUGUAAAGCAUUACAACGAAUGUUUCGAUAUUUCAGCUUGUUGAAUUGCCUGUCUGGAUUUUCUUCAUCUUCAUGUUUCAUUUUGGCAUAGCU